AUGGAGCUCUCUUCGUUCUUUCUACCUCAAAAUGAUCCUUCCAACAACAUCCCCAACAUGAAAAAAAUCGACAACAAUCUCAAUAAUCUCACCUCUCUAAAACACUUGACCAACAACAAAAAAUCUUUCAAAAUUGGAAUACAAAUUGACAGCAAAAAAGAAAUUAAAUUCAACAACAAUGAUUUAAUUAAUACUAGCCAUGAUGAUGAUUCAACUUCGGUUUUUACUAUAUCAAGAAAUACUUCGCUAUCCUCCUCCAAUAAUACCGUCACCAGUCAUUUUAACACCAGCACUACCGCUGAUAAUAAUAACAAUAUUAAUAACAACAAUAGCAAUAAUAACAAUAAUAACAAUAAUAACAAUAAUAACAAUAAUAGCAAUAAUAACAAUAAUAACAAUAAUAACAAUAAUAACAAUAAUAACGAUAUUAUUCUUAAUAAUGACGAUUCUUCUAUUAAAUCUUUAUUCCUAUCCACUCCUCCUUCACCUUCCGCAAACACUUUUCAAAACUACUCUCUCGAUUUCAACAGCAAUCCCAAAAGUUCUUCCAUAUUCGAUAACAACAUCAACACCUUGAAUCUAAAUGACCACUCCAUUCAAUUAUCCCCAAUCACUUCCUCCCUAGACCCUCCUCUAUUGCCAAACAAAGUCCAUCACAGACUACCUUCCAAUUUCAAUUCAAAAAGAAGAAUCUCUUCUCUACCCCUACUAAGCAGCCACUUUAAUAACCCUCUAAACAACCUAAACAACCUAAACACUUCAAAUUCUGAUUUAUACUCUCAAUCCUCUUUCAACCACAUCAACACUCACACAACCACAACACCUCCUCUCUCUUUGAAUAAUAACAAUAAUAAAAAUAACAACAAUCACAUCUCCAAAAACACAACAUCCAAUCCAAUCACUAACGCCGACAUCAAAAACGCAAAUCUAAAAUACUUCAAACGUAUUCUCAACGACUACAAAAAACUAGAUUCUGACCUAUCCAAAUUUAAUUCAAGAAAUGGCAUUCACAGAACAAACCUCCUAAGACUCUCCCUACUCUCCUUUCUACGUCUAAAAACUGACGACAUCUACAGAAGAGUCCCUCUAAAAUACUCCUCUUCCCCUGCCACCCAGGGCGUCCUCAUCUUAUCCAAAUGGUGGGAAGCCUUACUCUCAGUCCUAUCAAACAACAAACACCCAGUCUCCUCUGCUGAUAAAGCUGCCUACCUAGAAUGUAUCACCAGAAUCCUACCCAGAUACGAAUGGAAACUAACCUCAAAUUUCAACUCAAACAUGCCUUCAAACAUGUACCUCACCCUCCUAUCAAGAACCCUAUCUUACUCUAUCAAUCGCUUGAAUCUAAAAUCAAUCACCCUAUCAACUUCUGCCUUUGUGGGAAAAAUCUUCGCCUAUUCCUUCUUUUACCUCCCCAACGUCUCAAAUGCCUUGCUUUUCCUACUAAACGUCAAAUCUUCCUCAAUUCAAUCCAUCUACAAGAAAAAAUUCUUAAAUUUAUCCAAUAUCCAGCUAAAUGACCUAUCUUCAAUCCAAUCAAUUUUAAUUCAAAAAUUCCCAAAAUCAGUUCACUACCUAAUCGAUUUAAAUAAAAUUAUUAACUCUUUAUCCUCAAAUGGCCCUCAAACCUUUAUCGCCAACACCACUACUAAUUCCAAUCCCCAUUCCAAUUCCAAUUAUAAUAACUAUAACUAUAAUAACAAUAAUAAUAGCAAAAAUAAUAGCAAAAAUAAAAAUGAUAAAAUUUUGAAUGCCAUCUCUCCACCAAUCCAUCCCGUUAAAGGUAUCAAUGAUCCCACUGGCUCUUGGGUAUUCAAAUGGUCAAACAACAACAGCGAAGUAUUUGCCUCAUUCUUUCGUCACUAUCUCUUCCUAAUCUCAACCUUUAUCGUAGACGACAACUGCUCCUUUCCAAUCAACAAAUCCCUAAACAAUUACAACUCUCUACUUCUAUCCCCGGGCUUUCUCAUAAUCACUGCCCAUAUGUAUGAAAUCAUCACUUCAACCAUCUCUCUAUCCUCUUCAAAAUUCAAUUACCCCCAACAAAAUAAAUCUUCUUCAAAUAAAUUAUCUUUGAAUAACUUCUCUCAAACCUCAAACUCAAACUCAAACUCAAACUCAAACUCAAAUUCAAAUUCAAAUGGAAUACAACUAGAAACAAGCAUAACAAUGUCCUUUUUAAAUAACCAAUCCGACAUAUCCCCAAUCAACUCCAUAACAAAACUAUUUCAAAUCUUACGCGAUUUCCUAUACAACCCCUACGAUAUCAAUGAAAGAGGUCUAAGUAACCUAUUAAUCCAAAAUUUACACUUCCUACUAGAAACUUAUGCAUCAAAUGUCACAUCUUAUGACUUUAUCAAAUCUGGCAUAAUCCUAGACUUAACUCAGGAAUUUAUACUCAACGUCUGCUCAAUAGAUGAAGAUGACCAAAAUAAUGAUGACAACAUCCUACUCAAUAACAAUUUUAACCAAUACAUUAAUUGGGACUUUUGGAUCACCGCAAUAAAAUCGUUACUUCGAACCUCAAAUAUUAAUUCUCAACUAAAGGCCUUUUCUUUUUUAUUUAAUAUAUAUGACUAUAUUCCCAAUGAAUAUGCCGAUUAUUGCGAUAACCUCAUGUCUUCAUCUUCCUCCUAUAGCAACUUGUUUAAUAGUUUCAAUAAUUUCACUUUUAACCAAAAUAAUCAAUUAAUUAACGACCCUGAUCAACAUUACUCAAAAUGGAUCGUCAACUCAAAAGAGAGCUAUAAAUGGAAAAUCUCAACCUGGUUAUUAUCUAUAAAUAAUUGGAAAUUGUUCUUUUGCCAUUGGCAACCUUUAGUAAGAUCCUAUUAUAUCCGCUUAAUUGUCUGGAAAUUAGCUGGCUUGUCUGAUUAUAGAAACUAUUCCUCUUUCGAUGAUACUGAAGAAUCAAUCAAAAGAAUCAUUAAUAAUAGAUUGAAACUAUCUUAUGAUUCAAUUGCUACUUUGUGUGAUUGGGCAAAAGUUGGAGCCUGUAUAACGCCGGAAAUGUAUUCAUCCAACCCAAUCUUAAAUCGAAAAAUAACAAUCGGUCCAAUUUCUUUUAUUGCUGGUGGCUCAUCAUUAUCAAAUAUGAAUAAAGUCAACAAUAACGAUAAUAACAAUAACAACAACAGCAGUAAUAAAAAAAUCAACGAUUACAAUAAUAUUAAUAUCAAUGAUAAUAACAAUGGCAAUCACAGUUUACUGAAGGAAGAUAUUGAACAUAGAUUGAUAAAUACAGUUGUAUUCAACGAUAUUGUCCCAUCUGCAAGUACUAAAAACUUUAGGAAAAUCCAUUCAUAUGAAAUCUUUGAUGACGCAGUUUAUAGUUUCUCACCUAGUUCAUCUGCUUUGCAAAUGGGCGUGACUGGAAGAGAUAAUAACGAUGAAUUUUUUGGAAAUAAUUUUUCAUCAUCUCAAAGUAUUUACAGUACAUCAAAUAUGAUAAGCGGCCGGUUUUCAUCUAAUUUUCUGAGUAAUAGCACCAAUCAAUCAGUAAAAAGUAACAACAUUCUAUCAUCUAUUGGAGCAGCACUAAGAUUCUUUAGAAGGAAUAAAAAUAAUUAUACAUCAUCAUCAUCAUCAUCAUCAUCACCAUCACCAUCAUCAACUUUCUCUAGUUUUGGCUCACCAUCUGCCAAUUUACCAAUGGGUAGUUCAAGAAGUCGUAUUACAUUUAGCAACUCUGCACCACUGACACCUCAGACUCAAAGAAUGAGUAGAAGAUUAACGUUUAUAAAUGGGUUUAAAUCAGUUCAAUCAUUUGCAUCUAUAAGCAGUUCCCGAACCAAUAGUUCUCGAACUACUAGUUCUAGAUCAACAAGUCCAAGUAUUUUAUCAUCAGGGUUUUCAACGCCAUCAUCGGCUACAUCAUUUGAAGAUUUAUCAACAACAUCAGACGAUUCUUCAAGUUUUUUGUCUAAGAAGCGUUCAGGAAUUUUGGGAAAUAAAACAUAUAAAAAAUUGGGAGCGAUUGCCGAAUCACCAAAUUCAAUGAAUACUAUUCCAUUGCCUCCAGAAUUUCAUAAAAAGGCACCAGAUAUUCCAAGACCAUCAUUUAAAUUUCAAUUGGUAUUUUCGGAAGAACAGAUUCAAACUCAAUUGUCAAUAAUAAACAGCAGAAACAAAAAGUUUUUUAAUGUUAAUGAAUUUAAACAGAAUAAAUUUCCAGAGUAUCCAAGUUUGCCGUUUGAUAAGAAAAAUAACUCGAGGUUAUAUGAGAAUCUUGAGACGGAUGAUGAAGACAAUGAAGAUAAUGAAGAUAAUGAAGAUAAUGAAGAUAAUGAAGAUAACGAGGACAGUUAUGAUAGACAUGGUAUUAUAAUGAGCAAUAGAAACUCACUAUCAACCUAUCAUCAAAAUCCCAAAAUGUUGGAAAGGAAAACUAUAAUAUCAAUGAGCAAAAUAUGGGGAAAUGCUGGAAAAUCAAUAAAUGAGUGGAAUGAAAUUGUUGGUGAAUAUGAAGAAUUUUUGAGCAAGUCAGCAAAUAAUUUUGGUAAACUGAUGACGCGAAAAGCUGCUCCAUUACUAUUAGCAGAAGCUCCAGAGAAUAAAAUUAAUGCAUCCUGA